CGAAAAAAAACUUAUGUAAUUGCAUGCGACAGCAUGCCUCCUAAUCUUGACAAAGUUUGAGAUUUUAUUGCAACGUCAGCAAAAUUUUCAUUGUCUUUUGGGAACAGGAUCCCUAUGGCAACCGUGAUUUUAGUGAUCAUCGCAUUUUGAUUUAUAAUUUUUCUUGUGUCAUACACUUCGCUGCGAAAUGUAAGUGGUUGACUCUAUGGGUUGAAUGUGAGUGACUCACACACUUUGUGCGACUCCUGAGGUAUGACAUUUUAAAGCAAUGAGUCGUACAUCACUGAUUAAGGAGGCAGUGAAGCCUAUCUAUUUCCGCAUUGCACGGCAAGAAGUGACUCAGUGUAUGGCGUUCUAUUGCAUCUCGCUUUUUGGCUGGUUAUUUCGUGCGUUUUUUGGUGUAAGGAUUGACAGACUGAUAGGAAAAGGCAGUCUUUUAAGAGGGUUGGAAGUAAAGGGAUGCCGCCAGUAUUUCUACGGAUAUAAGUGUUUUGAUUGGCGUGACGAUCCAUUCGAUUCAAGAAAAGAACUGGAAGGAAACGUGUCUUUGAAACCAGUAACGGGAAACUGGCAUAUCAUAUUGGUAAAGUGAGCACUAAAUAGCAUAUUGCAAAACAUAGGACACCCUACGGUGGAGUCUGUGCACAGGAUAGACACAAAGUAAAGUCUCCGUAAGCUAACUCUACCAAACAGACGCUUCAACGCAACUUGUCGCCAAAAUAACACACCUAGAGGAUAGUUCAUUAGUCCAAAUGGAAAACAACCCUGAAAUGGCAACGCACGACAGCAGCCUGCGCUUCAGGAAGGCUACAGCAUCUGAUUUGGAGGGAAUUGCAUCUAUAUCUGUAGGAAUUAAUGAGAAAUCAGAUUCUCUUGUGUAUCUCUUUCCAAAAUGGCUAAACGAUGAGAGACGGUACCUCUUUAUCGCAGAAACCGCAUGUGGACAGCUGGUUGGGUUUACGUCAAUUAAUAUCACUGACAAUGGAAGAAGUGCUAUCAUUAGAUUCUCUAGGGUUGACAUCGCAUAUCGAGGAAGAGGAGUGUACAGAAGUUUGCUUGAUUUUACAUUGAGAGCAAUCAGAGAGUUGCUUCCAAAUCUCAACAAUAUCUUGCGAUACAGGCCUAAGAUAGUAGAUAAUUAUGACUGUUUGGCCAAGGUUACCAAAUUGACAUUGGUGUGUAAUUUGAAUACAAGAAAACAUUUAGUCAGCAAAAUACAAGAAGGAACACAAUUCACAACAUGGCAAGAGUUUCAGGAUCUGUACAGCCAAAGCCAAUUGAUAAGAAACAUGUUUCCUUCUGACUACCUUCGAGUAAACGCUGAGUUGUUCAACCUCAGCAUAAGCAUGAACUGGGAGUAUCUGAAAACCAGGGAUGAUCUUUUACUUUUAUUGACAAGAAGGCAAAGUGACACUGGGUACAAAUUAGCAGCAUUCUCGGUGUGGGACACUGCCAUUAGAACUACAAAUCAAGGAGAAAAAUACUUUGGUGUGGAUAUCUAUGGGUCUGACCCAGAAGCGAUCUUGGGCCAUGUUCUUCGAGGGAUGCAGGUGGUUUUUGACAAAAUUGGUGGAACUUUCAAUGUUGGUUUCUGGGUGGCAGAAGAGAAUGUCAACUACUGUCUUGAAUUGUUCCAAAAGUUUCAAUUUUGUGAAAUUGUACAAAAGGUUCCUUUACUUUUUUUGAAAAGGGACCUGGUGUUGCAAGCAAAUGUCUGAAUCGGCGAAACUCUGUCCGUUUUAUUCACUAAUGAAUAUGGGUAAUCACUAAUGAAUAAGGGUAAUCACAAUGGGGUGAGAGGAUACUAAUAACAUAUUGUUGGUUUUACAUUUAGGGGACAGUUUGCAUUUUGUCAUUUUCUUACGUUUUUUUGUUUAUUCUGAAUUGCUUGAUUUAUAAUCUUGCAAAAUUUUGAUAACCUACAAUUACAUGACAAAGGAAACCAAAACCUAAAUACCGUAAAUCCCGAAAUUGACCCCCUCCAUUCAUAUAAGCCGAAAACUUGAGUAACCCCCAACCUUGGAGUAAAAAUUGAGUCCCCACUCUUGAUAAGGUCCCCAUUCCUAGCAAGCCAAAUCUUAACUUUUUAUAAGCCCCAUGGCGGCUCAUUCAAGAUAGGACAGAAAAUACACCAUUUUAGUCCAUGAAUAAAAAAUACUUCAUUAUGAAAGACAUUUAAUAGUUUUGUACCAAAGAUGUUUUUGAGGCUCGAUUUAUUUCUUAGAUUUAUUUAUUAUUUUAGAAAGUUUUUUAUUAAAAUUGCAAAUGAGAUGAACUUGAAAAUUGUGAAAAAGCUACAAAACGAGUUACUGAUGUGGCAACUUGGGAAUGAUUUUUACAGUCCCCCUCGUGUAACCUCCCUCCCCCUCGAAGAAAGCCCAGAUCAAGAUUUUCCUAAAAAAACACGGUACAAAUAUAUGUGCAUUCAAUCUAGAUUCAAUCAACAAUUAAAUUAGAAAAAAAUUGGGAAAUCAAAUUCUGGCUCAAUAUGGGAGUUUUUGUGUAAUUUUAUGUAUCUCUUUAUGUUAAAAACAUAGUACGUAGUUUUCUUUUAAAGAUGAUAGAAUGGAACUUUACCCCCGAGUGUCACAUGUAAGGCGUGACAUGCCACGAAAAUAUAAGGGCAUAAUUUGUUAUAGUCGUUGGGAUAUAUGCGAGUGCACCAGUAGGAAAAUGGUCCUGGUGUCCUCUCCAUUGCAUUGUUUCAUUAUUCUUAAUCAUUUUCUGUUUGAUAAUUAAAUAAAGACUUGAUAAUUGAUAAUUAAAUAAUUAAAAAAAUAAGUUUGAUAAUUGAAAAAAUCAACAUCUCUGUCGAACCCAACUGAAGUUCACAACAAAAGACUUUGCCCGAGCGUGUCACCCGUUUAUAUUUUUCUCGUCUUUCUCGGUAUGUUUUCCCAAAUCCUGUUCUCCUAUCAUUUAAAAGAAUUUAAAGGAGUUGUUGUUUUGAUUUUUUGGGAAGAGAACUCUAGGUUGUUGUUCCUAUGUAGGCUACACGGUUUUGACCAUGCUUGGUAUUAAGUUCUUGUGAACUUAUAUUUAGGUAUGAAUUGCGUAGAAUUCCAUUGUUCAUCUACGAAUCUAUUGCAAAAAUGCACUAUCAAUAAGCAAGCGUUUAUUUUUUCAAAGUUUUAUAAAUGAAGCUUGCAGUCUUGUGAUGAAUCAUUUACUUAAUACUGAAUUUACAAGAUUUACGUUGCUCUAUCUUGUAGGUUUUCGAAGAAUAUAAAUGAAAUUUCCCAAAGCUAGCCCAUAUGAAGCAGUAGUGCUGGAUGUGGUUUAAAGGGACCUAUAUAAAAAUAUUUUAUGAUACUGUCCGAUAGGAGCUUCUUGGCAUAUUUAACUUUGGUCACUGUAUAAACAUUCUUUCUCCAUUUUGAUUGUUUAUCUAUUAUUUCUCCAAAGUGCAAUUUUAUUUCUGUAAAAUUGGUUUAUUGGAAAUUUAAAAAUCCACCUGGACACUUUGUACAGCGUUGUAUCCAACACCCUCUUAAAACCUCUUAUUCACGCAGAAAAACAUGUAUAUUACGCCAAAGACCUUUGGCGUACAACAACGCAAUUUUGAGCAUAGUUAUGAAACCCCCUUAAAAAAUUCAAUCUCAAAAACAAGGAGUUCUUUUCCAUCUAGGGCUGCUUUGUCGGGAAAUUUUCAAACCUGUCGGCAAAUAAAGGAUGGCUCAUCCAGCCUAAAAGUUUUGGAAAAAUUAAGAACAACCAGCCUAAAUUUAAACUUACUGGUUCUCAUAAAAAGAGUGUAUUAGUUGCUCUAUUUUGAUAAGUUGUCGGAGGAAAUUGGUUGUCUUUUUUCGCGCGCUGACGCCUGAAACAUGAGUACGAAAUCAGCUUCAGAAACGAAGAAGGGCUUUAAAAUGGCUUGGCCUAAAUUGACAUUACCUGUUUUGGUUAUCUACUCUAAACUUUAGGGCACUGGGCUCGAAAACUGCAAUGUUUUUUCUCCAUGUGCUAGACAAUAUGGGGGCCAACAUGUGAAUUUGGGGAAACACCCAUUUCGUAAAUCUGUUUGAAAAAGCCAUGGCAUUUCUACGUGGCAAUUUCCCUUUAUUCUACGUCAUAGGUGGCUGACCAUAUUCUAGAACUGUCUAUUUCCUUCACAAUUCCACUAACGUUCAUAUCCUGAAUUUUGUAAGGCGAGGAAUCUCUACGCGUAAGAAGUGUUUUUCCAAAGUUGUAAUCAAAUAUCUAAAAUCCAGUCCACCAAAGUCCACCACAAGCAUGUCAGAAUCCAAUUUUUUAAAGAUUGGACUGCUUAAGCAUUUUAGUUUCUAUUUUAUCAGGAAUACCUCAAGAACGCGAAAGACUUUUCUAUACAAACCCCAAAACGAGAGGAAAUUACUGAACAUUGAGGCAGAAAAUUUUUGCGACGAUGCCUUUGAGAUUAGCUUAAAAUACAUUUAAAAAUAUCCUCCCCCCCCCCCCUUCGCUACUGAUAAGAAGAUAAAUACUGAUAAAAAGUGAAUAAAGUAAAAUCUUGACGUUACUUUGUUACUACUGACUACCAACAAAUGAUUUUUACCGAAUGAAACAAAAUUUACCGACAGACACAGAACUGUUAGUGGGGGGGGGGGUUCACACCCCCUACACCCGCCCGCUAAAUUCGUUCCUGAACAGGGAUUGCUUUUGUCACUAUUUUGUCAUC